AAACUUGCAGUGAGAACCUAUCCGGUCAAAGUGCUAACUCGAUCGGUUGUUGACCAGACCCUGCCAAGACACUACGACAGAGCAUGGAAUGGAGCAAGUCGCCAAACGUUUGGGUAUCUACGACAAAAUGGAGCAAGUCGGUUUAGAUGCACCGCAAGAGAUCUUGACGCGUUCAGUAGCUGAUCUCCAGAAAGUACUGAACAUCAACGAAAGCAAAGCGCAUGAACUGCUGAAUGCGGCUUCAGCAGACGUGUUUCCUUGGUCAGCACGACAACAAACCGCUUUGGAUCUUUCAACAGUAGAAGGACAGUUCCUUACCACAAACGAUCCUUCCCUCGAUAAGGUACUCGGCGGCGGUAUUCACAUCGGUACGGUGACCGAAGUCGUAGGCGAAAGUUCCUCAGGAAAGACGCAGCUAUGCUUACAACUAUGCCUGACCGCACAAAAACCUAUCGAUCAAAGUGGCUUAGGAGGAACUGCCGUCUAUUUGCACAGCGAAGGCCAUUUUCCCAUUGUUCGUUUGGAACAACUGGUGGAUGUUUACGCCUCAAAGUUCAAACUUGAUCGCGGGGCCAUGAAACGAUCGAUCCAUACCAUGAAAAUCAUCGAUAGCGAGCAACAAUACCGUCUUGUCGCAUAUCAGCUUCCUGCUUUUUUGGAACGAUAUACCCGUGUGCGACUGGUAGUGAUUGAUUCCAUUGGUGCCUCUUAUCGUGGGGAACCUUCCACCAGCAAUGAUAAACGGAGAUUUGAUCGCAUGACCGAAAUUUGCGACAUUGGAGCACGAUUGAAAAAAAUCGCACAGAAAUAUCGAGUCGCCGUCGUCGUCGUGAAUCAAGUAUCAGAUGUUCCCUCCUCCAAUAAUGAUGCAUUGCCUAUGGAUCACGUGGAUCCAUGGAUGGACUUUGCUAUUGCAUCCGAACCAUUACAGGAACAAUCACCUUCGCUGGGGCUAUUCAUCCAAUCGCUCAUCAAGAAACCAAUUCUGGGUCUGGCAUGGUCCAAUGCUGUGACCACUCGGAUCCGUUUAGCCCGAUCACCCAUGUCGGAAGGGAUCAGAACACGUAGAGUUUUAUUUGUGGAAUUUUGCCCAUUCGCUGCACGCAACGGUUUAGAAAUCCAAAUUGACGAACGAGGGGUGCAUAAACUGCGUGGUCGAGAUUAAUUUUCCCCAUGGGCUCAGAAAUUUUGAACAAAUUGAACAAAGGUCACAAUGUGACGGUUUUUGGUUCCUUUUUUUUUU